AUGAGCAUUACAGGUCUUCUUCCGCUUUUAAAGGACAUAACAUGCGAUGUUCAUUUGAGAUCUUUGUCCGGAAAGGUGGCCGCAAUCGACGUUUACUGCUGGCUUCACAAAACUGUUAUUUUCUGUGUCGAAGAGAUAAUUUUGGGAUCGAAGCAACGCGGUGCGUAUCAACAGAUCGUUCUUACAUGUGCGUAAAGUGCUUGAUUUUGAACGUAAGCUUCUCUCUAGCGCUCUUCUCACCUCAGAUUUUUUUUUCCAGGUACAUUGACAUGUGCAUGAAGGAUACUGAUCUUCCCAUCGAAAAUAAUAUGCAACCUAUUCUGGUUUUCCAGAAGAAGUUGGAGGCCAAGGCAAAUGUGGAAUCCUCCUCCUCUAACUUGUUGUUGUUGAGAACAACAGCAAGUUAG